UUUAAGGUUUUUGAUCAAUGGCAGGUUGGGGUGUUUCUGAACAAGGCUGGAAAAAAGGGCCAUGGACACCUGAGGAAGAUAAGCUUCUUACUAAGUAUGUAAGCCAGUAUGGCGAGGGAAGAUGGAGUUCUGUUUCCAGGUCUUCAGGGUUGAAUAGGAGUGGAAAAAGCUGCAGGCUAAGGUGGGUGAACUAUUUGAGGCCUGGGCUCAAAAGAGGCCGUAUAACACCACAGGAGGAAGGAAUUAUCAUUGAACUCCAUGCCCUUUGGGGGAACAAAUGGUCCACCAUAGCCCGGUAUCUUCCGGGAAGAACUGACAAUGACAUAAAAAACUACUGGAGAACCCAUUUCAGGACAAGAGGCAAGCCUUCUGAAAAGCAAGAAAAGAAGAAAAAUUUUAGCCAAAAAGAACAAAAUGGUGGGAACUCCAUUCAAGCAGAUCCCAUGGGUGAUGUAAAUAUAUUCAAUCCACAAAGCAAUAAGCAAGAAUCAGUAAUCCCAUAUCCAACAGUGGAUAACCAGUUCCUGCCUAUGAUGUAUCAAGAUAUUACAUCCCGUUCAGAUAUUAUUGCUGUUGAUGAAUAUCUAUGGGGAGGCUUGUGGAACCUCGAUAUAUGAAUUGCAUUACUAAUUACUUUUAUUAUGAUCGUUGGAUGGCGUCUUUAAGUGGUAGCGAACCUUCUGAUUCAUUGUUCAAUGCGAUUUGACAAUGAAUUAUGUAGGCCACUCGUCAUCCUAGACAGGUGAUAUUUGAAUGAUCU